GUUCGCAGCAACUACAAGUACUGCCCGACCAUCCACUUCAAGUCGUUCUUCCAGGGCAGAGAAGCAGACUUCCUUUUCACAAGCGCACUUGGUCACCUGUAUACAACAGGUUUCCUGAGUAAGCAACGGAGUAGGAAGAAGGAGCUGUUAUUUGAGGAGAAAAUAGUUAAGUUUGUCAAGGAGGAUUUUUUAAAACUGAAAGAAAAUAUUGAAAGAAACGUUUCACUGGCCGGGCUACUUAUAAUCUGGACUGAUUGUGAUAGGGCAGGGGAGAACAUAGCCAAGCAAAUUGCCAAGGUAGCACUUUCUUUCAAAAAUAUUGAAAUUAAAAGAGCGAGAUUCUCCGGUAUAAAUAAAAGGGAAAUAGAUGAAACUUUUUCCAACUUGGUCGACAUAAACGAGUUAGAGGCAGAUGCAAUGGAUGCGAGGAUGGAGCCGGACUUGAGAAUUGGAUCUACCUUCACUAGGUUGCAAACACUUAGCCUGAAGAGAGAGGUUUCUCUGCCAGUUAAAGUUGUAAGCUACGGAUCGUGUCAAACUCCAACUUUGGGUUUUGUUGUCGAUAGGUCUGUUUUAAUAGAAAAUUUUGUAGAGGAAAAUUCUUGGUCCCUAGAAACAGAAAUUGAAAAAAACAACCUGAAAAAUGUUUUUCUGUGGGAGAAAAAACGCUUACUUGAUAAAAACUGUGUAAUAUAUUUCCACAACUUUAUUGAGAAGUACCCUGCAGUGGUCGUCUGCAGAGAGGACAGGCCUGUUGAGAAGUUCCGACCUCUUCCUCUCUGGACAGAUGAGCUUCAGAAGACCUGUGCCUCGUAUUUUAAGAUGAGCGCACAUAGAUUGAUGGAGAUAGCUGAGCCUUUAUACAGUAGGGGAUAUAUCAGCUACCCAAGGACGGAGACGGACAGCUUUUCUAAGAUCAAGUCGAUUCUGAACGAACUAGAAAAAGAUGAAAAGGUUGGCGAAUAUGCUUCAGCCCUAACGAACAGCUUUAAAAGAGGUAAAAACAACGAUAUGGCUCAUCUACCGAUAUAUCCUUUGAAAAACGGCAACAACCUGUCGGGAGAUGAUAGAAAAAUAUUUGAGUUCGUCUCCAGAAUAUAUUUGGUUUGUAUAAGUGACAUUGCCAGGGGAAUUGAAACGAAGUUAAAAAUCGUUGAUGGGACCACGACGCCGCCAGAUUAUUUGACAGAAGCAGAGUUGAUCGAAGAUAGGAACUAUGUAAAGAAAUACAACUCCAAGAUUGUCCCAUCGCCACUUGGCAGGGCACUGAUCAAGAGCUAUGAAGUGUUUGGUUUGGAGUUUAGGAAACCAAGGCUCAGAUCAGAACUGGAAAUGAGUCUGAAGAAAAUAAAGGAGGAGGUUAGGAAGGAGGACGUGAAUCUCUUGAGCAUCGCCAAUAAGAAAAUCAAUAAAGAAAACAUCGUCUCGCUAUACGAUUCUAUUGGGGCGACGCCUUUGGACGAUCUGGUGGCUGAGGGUAGCAAGAAGAUGUCAAGUGCGGCUGUGCCUGCUGCGCAGGUGGAAACGCCGGCAGAGAAUAGGGAGGAGACUAAGAAGGUCCCAAAGGUUGAAGAGGACGAGGAGGAUUUUGAUGUCUUUGCGGACAUUUAG